AUGCGACUGGCCAACGGCCACUUGUCUCCCCUAGCGUUCAACCCCGGAAGCAGGGACCGCCCGCCGGCGUGGCAGGCCGGGGACGUGGCGGGCGGCGGCGCGGACCACCCCAGUCCAGUCCAGUGCCGCCUGGUGUGGGAGGACACCCCUUCCACCCCCACCUCCCCCUCUGCCUGCUUCCUGGCGCACGACACAGACGGCGUCGCCCCCCUUCUGUGCCUGCACUCCGCCCACCGCGCCACGCUCACCAUGCUGGCGGGGCUGCGGGGGCCCGGCGGCGCGACAGCCACCCAGCGCCCCGCCCUCACGGCGCUACCCCUGGAGGACGCCCCGCACGCGCUGCGCGGCGGCGAUCCUUCAUCCGUUCCUCCCGCACGGCGCUGCGUGCUGGUGCUGGAACCAGGCACGGGCGCGCUGCGUGCGCUGGCCGGGCCCCGGCACCACCUGGCGCGGCUGUGCCUGCCCGGGCGGCAAUCUGGUCGGCGCAGCGUGACUGCCAUCGCUGACCCGGCGGGAUGCGAGGUCACGAUGGCGACGGACGGCGGCACACGACUGCGCGUCAGCUUCCACCUUCGCCCCAGCUGCCCGGCGGUGGCCGCUGCGCUGGCGGCGGUGGCUGAAGCCGCAGGCCACGGCGCCGGGCUGGAGCUGCAGACCACCUGGCUGCAGGCCCUGGGUGAGCGGUGGAGCAGCAUUCUGUGUGGGCCGUGGGGGAAUUGGGCCUGCACGGGAAGGGGAGGUGCCCAUGCAUGUCAAUGCCCACCCUUUCGGGUCGCGCUUGGGUGUAGAGGGUGGAGGGCCAUGCGAGUGUUGACUCGCAUUCCUCUGGGAACUGCAGCGAUUCCUUCCCCCACGCAACGCGAACCAGCUGGUUUUUGCCGCCGCCCAUGCUCCUCCCACUCCUCCCGACAAGCCCACCCCGCCGCCCACAAACCCACCGGCCCCACACUCCACAGGUCCAAGAGUCCCCGGCAGGACCGCGGACGAGGAGCUGGCGGCGCUGUGCCGCGCCGCCCUCGCCUGGCCGGCACCACGUCCCGCCGAGGGCGCCGCGCGGCGGGACCAAGGGACGGGGCUUCAGACGCCCCAACGCACCGGCACCCUGGCUUGGUCCCGGCCCCGGCGCUCCCCCUGGCUGGACCGCCUGGAUGCCGAUGGGCGGGCCCAGCGCAAGCCAGCCUGCCGAUAGCUCCGCUUCAGCCUAGGGACAGCGGGACGAUCCACCCAGCACACGACACCCCUCCCAGCGCGCAGACCACGGCCCUCGCCGGCGCCCUGGUGGACGCCCUGCACGCCGUGGCGGAGGACUGCGCGCUGUGCACGCUGCGCGCACGUGCCGCGCCCCGCCUGCACGCGGCCGCGCGCGCCCUGGCCGAACAAAGCAGCCUCCCCCCACCGGUGCCGGGUUCGCUGGCAGCCGCGCUGGCGGCGGCCCUGGACGGAGUCGACGGCUCGCGGGCGGGGACUCCGUCGUUCCCGGCUCCCGUGCUCGUCCAGCGUCGCAGCCGCAGCGUGGCUGCCAGCGUGGAUGUCCUGGAUGCCUACCUCGCCCUGGGGUCCGCGGCGUCUCUGACCGGGCCGCCAGGGGCCACCGCGCCCGCGCAAGGGCCGCGGGAGGUCCUGGCGGCCGCGUGCGCGCGGGCCAUGGGGACCCUGGGCGCUCGCGGCUGGACCCCGGCGCGGCUCCAGGAGCUGCGCCUGGAGGUGCGGCUGCCCCUCCUCCAGGCGGCGCGCAUCUGCCGCGUCAUGUCCCUGCACCAGGGCUGGGACCCCGCAGCCCUGACCCUCAUAGGGCGGCUGGACGCUGCGGCCAACCAUGCGGCGACAGCGGGUGCAAAGGCGGACGCAGGGGCGCUCGACGACUUCCCGGGAGAGGGCAGGGGCCGCGUCGGGGGCGCCUGCGACCCCGCAGUCCUCCCCCUCCAUGCCCGCGUCGAGGCCAGGCCGGGAGCUAAGGGCUCCAUCGAGACCACCGAGGCCGGGCUGGCGGCGAGCAUGGGGAACCCCCAAACCGCCACCCCCCCGCCCCCAAGGCCGCUACUGCGCUUCGGCAGGGACCGGCGGCUGGAGGAGGUGACGCGCCUGCUGUCCUCCGAUGCCCCCGCCGACCUGCCGGCCGACGCCGCGGGCGACGACACCGGCGCAGAGGGCGGCCCCUCCGCCGCCGUGCAGGCCUGGAUCCGCGUCUCCGCGACGCGCACCGCAGCGCUGUGCGUCGGCCGCGGCGCGGCGGGGCUGGCCUCGCGCCGGCCCUCCCACGCCGAGGCGCUGGAGGUGGCGCCGCUGCGCCUCGCGGCACGCCUGCUGGGCAGCAACGGCGCGGUGGUGGGGCUGGACCUGUCCGCCGCGCCGCCGGCCCCCGGGGGCGGCGCCGCAGCCGCGGAGACGGCGUGGCCCGAGUUCCACGCCGGCGCGGCGGCGGGGCUGAGCCUCGUGCCCGCCGCGGGCCCGGCGGGGGCCCUGGGCCGCACCUGGGUGGCCUACCACAACCCGCCCGCGCCCUCCUACUCCCACGCCGGCCUGCUGCUGGGCCUGGGCGUCGCGGGGCACCUGGGCUGCCUGGCGGCCACCGACCUGUACCGCUACCUGGCCCAGGGGCACGAAGCCACCAUCCUGGCAGUGCUCCUGGGCAUGGCCGCCUCCAGGCGCGGCCUGCGCGACGCUGCGGUGUCCAAGAUGCUGCUGCUCCACCUCCCCAGCCGCCACCCCAGCACCUACCCGGACCUGGAGAUCCCGGCCUCGGUGCAGGGCGCAGCGCUCAUCGGCCUGGGCCUGGUGCACCUUGGCUCCUGCCACAGGCGCGUGUCAGGGGUGAUGUCGGAGGUGGUGAUGGCGGAGCUGGAGCGGCCCAUGGGCGCGGUGGAUGCGGCCGGCCCCCAGCCAGAGGGCGCCGAGCGCCCCCACACCCAGCGCAGGAGCGAGGACCGAGAGGCAUACAGCCUGGCGGCCGGCCUGGCCCUGGGACUCAUCCACCUGAGCAAGGGCACGCAGGCGCUUGGUCACGCUGAGCUGGACCUGGACACCCGCCUCUGUCGGCUGAUGCUUGGGGGGAUGAGGGAAGGCACCGUGGGCCGGCGCAGGCCUGGCAAGCCCCAGGCGCCCGGCGCGGAGCUCGGCGUCGCUCCCGACCUCUUCCAGGCCCAAGUCUCGGCGCCGGCGGCGCAGGGCCGGGCAGGCGGCGCGCAGCGCCAGGCGGGGGGGAGCGUGGCCGCCGACAUCGCCGCGGCUCAGGCCUCGCCGCUGACGGUGAUGGAAGGGGGUCUGCUGGAUCUGGGCACCAGCUGCCCGGCGGCAACCCUGGCGCUGGGACUGGCCCACCUGCAGACCGACGACGCCGCCGCGGCCGCGCGCUUUGCCAUGCCAGAGUCGCUGUUCGAGCUGGACUUUGUGAGACCGCAGCACCUCUUGCUGCGGGUGGCCAUGCGUGCCCUGGUCAUGUGGUCCGGCAUCACUCCUGCCGAGGACUGGGUGAUGCAGCAGUUGCCGCGCAUCUUGCAGUUUGACACCAGCAAGAUGCUGGGGGUGGGGCGGGCCGCCCGACGCAGGAAGGAGGAUGCGGAGGCUGUGUGUCAGGCACACAUCUCCUGCAUCGCGGGCGCGUGCCUCGCCGUCGGCCUGCGCCACGCCGGCAGCUGCAGCGCGGCUGCCGCCGGCCUCUUGCGCUCCAGGCUGGAGGGCCUGCUGCGCCUCAAGGCCGCCAUCCCGGAGCUGAACCCCGAUCGCCAGGGCUGGGCGCUCGGGCGCGUGCACGUGGAGGAGGCCGUGGAUGUGCUCGCGCUUUCUUUGGCUAUCGUCAUGGCUGGGAGCGGGCACUCGGCCACCCUGGGCCUCCUCAGGGGUCUGUCGCUGCGCUCUGCCCCCCACUCCCCUUCGAACGCCCUUCCCCCCGGCCCCACCCGCGCGCCGAGCUCCAGCCUGACCUACGGGGCGCACACCGCCGUCGGCAUGGCCCUGGGCUUCCUUUUCCUGGGCCAGGGGCGGCUGACCUUUGGCACGCGACCGCUGGCCGCGUUGCGGCACCUGUACGCGAUGGCCGCCGAGCCACGCUGCCUGAAUGCGCUGGACGUGCGCUCCGGGGUCCCGGUCUAUGUGCCCCUGACCCUCACGCUGGCCGGAGAAGAGAAAGGCACCGGCGCCACGGCGCUGGGCACCCCCACCCUCCAGCUCCUGGACGCGCAGCUGGCUGGAAAGGGCGGCGCCGGGGGGCACAUCUCGCCGCCUCGGCACGCCCUCGUUGCCCCGGGCCUGCUGCCGGCGGGCUCCCGGGUGGCCGAGCUGCGCGUGGACGGCCCGCGGUACCACCGGCAGAGCCUGGCCGGCGCCGCGCUGCGCGCGCUGUACCGCCGGCGGUACGUGUGGGUGCAGGGCACGGGCUGUGCGCUGCCUUACGCGGACGACCCGGGCGGGCUGCCCUGGGUCGCCGCCUUUGCCGCCGAGCUGUGCGACGACGAGGGCGCCGAGGACUGGGUGGCCGCCUGGCUGGCGCCCAGGGACCCGAAAGGAAAGGGUGAAUGGGCGGCAUGGGCCCGCGGCUCCCUCCUGGCCACCCUGGGUCAGGGCGACGUGGGCGAGAGCCUGCCCCUUGCCCUGGAAGUGCUGCAGGCGGCUCGAACCGGGCCAGGCGGCCCGAGCCGGAAUGGAGCCACUGCGUCAGACCUUGGCGCAGCCAUGCGGCACUCGCUGCUGACGUCCGGCUUCGGCCAGCGCCUCACGGCCGCGCAGGGUGAAGCAAACCACGACCCAGGCCUAAGCCUGGUAGAGGCAGAGGCGUGGCAACCUGUGGUGAGGCCCGAGGCGCUCCUCCAACUCCGGUGA